CCCUGGGCUGCCAUGAUCGUUUUCAACUUGAGCAGUUAUAACCCAGGACACUUCGUUUUGGUGGGGAUCCCAGGCCUGGAGCAAUUCCAUGUGUUGAUUGGGAUUCCCUUCUGCAUGAUCUACAUUGUAGCCGUGAUGGGAAACUGCAUCCUUCUCUACCUCAUUGCCGUGGAACGUAGCCUUCACGAACCCAUGUUCUUCUUUCUCUCCAUGCUGGCCAUGACUGAUCUCAUCCUGUCCACAGCAGGUGUACCCAAGACACUCAGUAUCUUUUGGCUGGGAGCUCGAGAAAUUACAUUCCCAGGGUGCCUGACACAAAUGUUUUUCCUCCACUAUAGUUUUGUACUGGAUUCAGCCAUCCUGAUGGCCAUGGCAUUUGAUCGUUAUGUGGCCAUCUGUUCCCCUUUGAGAUACACCACUAUCUUGACUCCCAAGACCAUCAUCAAGAUUGUUGUGGGCAUCUCCUUUCGGAGCUUCUGCAUCAUCCUGCCUGUUGUAUUCUUGCUGACGCGCCUACCAUUCUGCAGGACACGCAUCAUACCCCACACCUACUGUGAGCACAUAGGUGUGGCCCGGCUCGCCUGUGCGGACAUCUCCAUCAACAUCUGGUAUGGCUUUUGUUUUCCCGUCAUGACCGUCAUCUCAGAUGUGAUCCUAAUUGCUGUCUCCUACGCCUUCAUCCUCUCUGCUGUUUUCCGCCUCCCUUCCCGAGAUGCCCGUCAGAAGGCCCUUGGCACCUGUGGGUCCCAUGUCUGUGUCAUCCUCAUGUUCUAUAUUCCGGCAUUCUUCUCCAUCCUCGCCCAUCGCUUUGGACAUAAUGUCCCUCGUACCUUUCAUAUUAUGUUUGCUAACUUCUAUGUGAUUAUUCCGCCUGCACUCAACCCUAUUGUCUACGGAGUAAAGACCAAGCAGAUCUGGGACAAAGUUGUUCUGCUCUUUUCCAAAAGGUCCCAGUUAUAG